AUGCCUUUUGCUCUCCAUCUGCUCUGGUCAGCGCCAGAAGUCAACCCCUACAACCAAAAGGCCAGGUCGAUUCCUGUCCUCAACCCCAUCAACAAGUAUGGGCGCGUCUUCUUCUUUUCGUACAUGGGCUUCUUCAUCGCGUUCUGGUCAUGGUACGCGUUUCCGCCUCUGCUAAGUAAGAGUAUCAAAGCCGAUAUGCACCUCACUCAAGAUCAAAUUGCAAACUCCAACAUUGUAGCACUCUGUGCCACGCUAUUGGUCCGCUUCAUUGCCGGGCCCAUGUGCGAUCACAUUGGUCCGCGCAUGACCUUUGCGGUGCUGUUGUUUGCCGGCGCUAUCCCUACUGCCCUUGCUGGCACAGCAACAACCGCCACAGGCUUGUAUUGCAUCCGCUUCUUCGUCGGAAUUCUUGGCGGUACCUUUGUGCCUUGCCAGGUCUGGAGUACUGGGUUCUUUGACAAGAAUGUCGUUGGAACAGCCAACGCCCUGGUUGGUGGCUGGGGUAACUCCGGAGGUGGUAUCACAUAUUUCGUCAUGCCAGCCAUCUACGAUUCCCUCAAGAAAGAACAAGGCCUGUCCUCGCACGUAGCCUGGCGAGUCGCCUUUAUUGUUCCGUUCAUCAUGAUUACCGCUGUUGCCCUCAGCCUCCUGCUCUUGACAGACGACACUCCCACUGGUAAAUGGUCCGAACGUGGCGCCACACUCGAACACAGCGACCGCACCAGCUCCUCCGUCGUGCCUACAGCCGGUGCUCUCGACUCAAUGCCCGCAACCACUGGCACCUCCAUCUCUUCCGCCGACGAGAAGAAGCAACCGCAACCCACCACAGAUGUCGAAACUGGUCGUGGCGAUGUUCAGGCUAUUGACGAGUUCCAACACGAAGUAAUUGUUAAGCCAACUUUCAAGGAAUCGUUGAAAGUCAUGGGCUCUCUGCAAACUCUCACGCUUUGCGCGGGCUACUUCUGCUCCUUUGGUGGCGAGCUAGCCAUCAACUCAAUUCUCGGCGCCUACUACCUCAAGAACUUUCCCUACCUGGGUCAAACACAGUCUGGCCGAUGGGCUGCCAUGUUUGGACUGUUGAACGUUGUGACGCGCCCUCUUGGUGGCGUGAUUGCUGACUACCUCUACAAAGUCACUGGUCACAACCUGUGGGCCAAGAAGUUCUGGAUCCACUUUGUCGGCGUCAUGUCUGGUGUACUUUGCAUCGUUAUUGGCAAGGUUGACUCCAAGAACCUUGAUGAGAUGAUUGGGCUCAUCGCCGUCAUGGCUAUCUUCCUUGAAGCUGGCAACGGCGCCAACUUUGCCUUGGUACCUCAUGUCCAUCCUCAUGCUAAUGGUGUUCUCUCCGGCAUCGUCGGUGCGACUGGCAACUUUGGUGGCGUCAUCUUCGCCAUCAUCUUCCGCUACCACAAGACCAACUACGCACAGGUCUUCUGGAUCAUGGGCAUAAUGAUUAUCGCGCUCAACUGCAUCUUCUUGUGGGUUAGGCCCAUUCCUAAGAGCCAGAUUGGUGGCCGAUAA